AUGGCGGUUCCCAUCAGCGAAAUCCCCACCGUUUCCCUCCUCUACAAGCUUCGACGCUUGAUCCCAGCCUCCUCUCCCCAGGCAUCGCCCUCGAAAACCUUCAACGACACUAUCUCGCUUAUCCGAAAUGACAUCACCAAAUUGCACGACGUCGACUGCAUCGUCAAUGCAGCAAACGAGACGUUGCGUGGAGGCAGUGGGGUUGACGGUGCUAUUCACCGCGCCGCAGGCCCAGACUUGUUGAGGGAAUGUCGCACCCUGGGUGGUUGCGACACCGGCGACGCCAAGAUCACCUCAGCUUACAAUCUCCCCUGCAAGAAGGUCAUCCAUGCCGUUGGCCCCAUCUACGAGCUCGAGAGGCGAAGCGGUCCGAAUCAGCCGGAAGCUCUUCUGCGAAGCUGCUACCGGCGCAGUCUGGAGCUGGCGGUGGAGAACAACAUGAAGCGCAUUGCGUUCUCGGCUCUCAGCACUGGCACAUAUGGAUACCCGAAGAGAGAGGCGGCCUGCACUGCUCUUGAUGAGACUCGAAAGUUCCUGGAGCGACCGGAAAACAGUGGACAGCUGGAGCGGAUCAUUUUCUGUAACUUCGAAGCGGCCGAUGAGGCUGCCUACGAGCAGUACAUUCCAACUUACUUCCCCCCUGUCGGCCAGGACGUGCCCCGUUCCAGUGGUCAGGAAACUGGUCCACAAGCACACGUUGACGGUGAGUCUUCGCCGUCUCCCGAGUUGCUUGCAGCUAAGCUUCCUGACCCACCUACCGUGGACCCUGCCUUGGAAGGACAACCCGAAGCUAAGAAAGCCAAGAUUAAUGCAGGUCAUAGGGGUAGGGGAAGGCCUUCCGAGGAUAUUACAAUGAAGUCGGAUGAAAGGAGCGAAGAUGACUGGGAGGAGGUUAACCGGUCUGAUGACGGUCGGACGGAAAGAUUAGAUGACGAGCCUGUCGAGGUGGACCGACCUCCAUCAGUCACUGAUGUUCAGAGUGUCCAGUCAAGUGGAAUUAUCGAUAGCAUCCACUCUCAAUCCACAGAGAGCUUGAUUGGCAAGGACUGGUGA